AUCUAUCCAAAUUUCAUCGUACUCUUAGCAAAUGUUUUAUCUGUGACAGUUCUUUUCAUUGUCAAGCAAAAUGGCGGAUCAGACAGAGAAAGCGUUUCAGAAACAGGUUACGGUGUUCCUGAACCGUAAGGGAGGGCUGAAGAAGAAGGACAUGCGGCAUCAUAAGAAUGUUGGUCUGGGUUUCAAGACACCGAGAGAGGCAAUCGAAGGCACAUAUAUUGACAAGAAGUGUCCCUUCACUGGCAAUGUCUCUAUUCGUGGGCGUAUCCUUACUGGAGUGGUCCAAAAGAUGAAGAUGCAAAGGACCAUUGUCAUCAGACGUGACUACCUUCACUACCUUCCCAAGUACAACAGAUUCGAGAAGAGACACAGGAAUAUGUCAGUUCAUCUAUCACCUUGCUUCAGAGACGUGGAGUUAGGAGACAUUGUCACCAUUGGAGAAUGCAGACCUCUUUCAAAAACGGUGCGAUUCAAUGUACUGAAGGUCUCCAAAGGCAAGGGAUCCAAGAAGUCGUUUAAAAAAUUCUAAAUAAAAUUACUUUAUAAGUA